AUGACCGCCCCGCAUGUUUCUGACUCCAGCCUCACCUCUCCUGCCGCCGUGUUCUCGCAGCAGGAUUGGAACAAUGUUUUUGCUGCGUGGUCAGACUCGCUGUCACAAGAUAUUCUGGCAGGGCAGGCAGGCACAGCCAGGAAGCACGCCUUGCCAGGUAAAUCACCACCAGAGCGACAACAACAACAACAACAUCAUCAUCAUCAUCAUCAUCGUCAUCAUUACUAUGGCUCGCUUAACUCUGUAGCCCCAGCACAUCUCGAGCCCACGAACACCGACGUCUCACAAAGUGCAUCAAGUCAUAGGCUGGAUAGUGUAGGGAAUGACAAUUCACCGAUCCAAACAGGUUACAUGGCGUCACAAAGUGCCUCGACACCGCACUAUGUGGAACGCUCUUUCUGGGCUCUCGUACAUGGUCAGGAGCUCAUUUGCGAGAACUUCCUAGACGCUACUGAUCAUGACGCCAAUAUCACCAAGCCACGAUGGCAUGGAGACCUGACCGGCUUAGAUAAAUUGCUUACACAAAUUCCUACCAAGUCAGUUUGUGACCUCUUUCUACAAUCCUUUCUUGCCGGAAUUCAUCCUAUCCAUCCUUUCAUCCACAUUCCGAAGUUUCACAGCGACUACCUCGACUUCUGGAGCUGGCAUACACGUAAGCAGAAAACUAGCUUGAAGCCCAGUGAUCGGUUCUGGCGUGACCCUACUUUUAUCCCCCUUCUGUUUUCUACUCUUUUCUGCGGAGCUGCCGCUGCGCCCGAAAGCUUUUGGUCAACGGCUCCACCGCUGGUAGACCUUGACAUUGGAAGCACGGUGGACCAGCUACGCAACUGCUACCUACAGGGACUAGAACUUUGCAAACACACACAAUAUCCCACUUUAAACACACUUGUUGCUGCGCUUCUGGGCCAUGCACUGUCAAACCGUGGUAAGGACAUCUUAGCGGAUAUAUCGUUCUUCGACACAAUAGUGCGCAUCUCGCAGAGCAUGGGAUUGCACAUGGAACAUAGCAGCACGACAGAACGAAGACUUGAUCCAGUAACACUUGAGACAUAUCGACGAGUUUGGUGGCAUGUGCUCUGGCUGGAUAUGCAAUAUUCGCUUCGGUACGGGUCACAAACACGCUGCGGGUCUGAAGGAAACCACUGGAAUGUACGAAUGGUAAGCGAGGCGAGCGAUGAAACCAUGGUGGUCGAAGGCUCUCAACCUGAUCUGUUUGCUUCAUCCAUACGGAGCCCAAAUUCGAAUCGAACCUCCGUCAUCGUGCUUUUCGCAACGGGCCGCUAUGAGACAGUCCGAUUUAUGCACGCAUUUUUGAAUCGGCUAAACAGCUGUCACCCCUUGACUCAAGACGAUCUCAACACUCAACUGGACGCCUUCAAGAAACUGCACAUGAAAAUGAACCAACUGAUUGGCAGAAUGCCUGUCCGAGGUGCACCGGAAAGGGGUUUUGUUCCUUUUCGAAUGUCCAACGCGUCCAUGUUGACAGACGAGUCCCUGUAUUCGGAUCAAUCAGAAAAUCCGAGUGUGUUUAUCUCGUGGGCAAGAGUCACACUCACCAUGCUUAUGACAAGUGCUCUGUUGACGUUGCAAAAAGCUUUCCUGGGCCAUCCUAGCCUUAACUCUGAGAACAGUCUUUGGGUGAAUUCUUUUCGACUGAGCAUCAACUAUAUCCGCUACUUGCUCCAAAUCGUACGAGUGCCCGCCUUUGCACCCUAUUUCUGGUUCUUAACAAAAAACGUCUCGAUCGCGCAAGCAGUUCUCCUUAUCCUUAUUUAUCUCAGGCUCAACCCUUCUAGUCCAGAUGCCUAUAUGGCCCUAUAUUUUGUCGACGAGACCUUCGAGAUCCUCGAGACCAUGAAUCCCAAACUUAAAGGUCUCGGCGUCUCCGAUGCAGGAAAUUGUUCUUCAGCCGCAGCGUCAGGCGAAAGGUCACUGACUGUUUGGGGCUUCCUAAAGGCAAUGCGCACUAUACUCAGCCCAGCACACGUGGAGAAUAAAGCUCCCACACCGGAUUAUUUUCAGUGCCUAUUCAACAACGAUUGCGUAGCUUCAAUGCACUCAUCUCUUUCUUCUACGACAUCUCUACCGCUAAGCUCCAACAUAAACAGCAGCUGCUUACAAACACCAGAGAUAACCCUGGGCAGAUGCACGGCCAAGGAAGACCUAGCCCAUGAAGGCGGUUAUGUGCCGUAUUUGGGAAAUAUACAGAUACCUAGUGGCAGUAUCGCAGGAGCAACUCAUCCUUCUUGCGAGCCAAUGCCGGGCCUGGAAUUUGCCGAUCUUGAAUCCUGGUCCUCUAUUGUCUUGCGAAACUUGGAAGCCUUUGACUGA